GGUGCUGAUGAGCUCGUCCAGUAGCAGCAGUAGUGAAGGAGAGUGGGAAGAUGUCGAGAGCUUUCAUCCAGUGUAUGGAGCUAAAGAUGGAGAGGGCAGCAAGUCCACCGCAGUGGAGAUUGUGCUGCCAGCAAAAGGCUCUAUUCACAAGGGCAAGAGGAAGAAUGCUCUCGAAAAGGCGAUGGAAGCGUUUGACCGAGAGCUCCGCUACGGUCUCCACAAGACCAGUCUCCUCUGUCUACUGGGGCAGGGUCUCCGGAUGAACACUGCCUCGUGCGACCCUCUUCUCCAGGCCAAGGCUACUCUCCCUCGUACCGCGAGAACUCCACCUGAACACAUCCGGAAAACUGCGCUCAAAGAUGACGGAGAGACAGAAGGAGGGAGUUUGGAGGUGUCUGGUGUUAGUUUGAGCCCAGUGCAGCUGCUGGUUGCUGUUCUGAGGGUCCUCGGUCUUCGAGCUAGACUAGUCCUCGCAUUAAACCCAAUCUCAUUCCGACCUAGUCGACAGAAGAACAGUGACUCACUCACCAUUCGAGAUACUGACACCUCCACUAAUUUAGAUUCUGGUGGGAAACUGCCGGAGACUAAAUCGUCCCUGUUAGGGCAUCGUGGAGAAGACAGUGCUCCACAGCCUGGGCCACAUUUCUUCAGGUUGAUGGAGCAACUUAAGCAGAGUGCUGGUAGAGAAGCUGGUAUGGACGGAAGCAGUGAGGCCAAUACUACCAAGACAGAGGGAGAGGGAGAGAGUGGGAGAAGGGGGAGAGGGAGAGGAAAGAGAAGGUCUUCUGAGAGUGUUGAAAGUGGCAUCGGAAAGAGAAGAAAGCUGUCUUGUGGAAAAUCGGACACGUCUGAGAAACGUUCAACCCCACCCAACAAGUCCAGUACUGCUGGGAGCAAGGGGAAAGGGAAGCAGAGGAAAGAGAAGAGGACACCCACAACAGCCAGUGAGACGUCUCCCUACUUCAGUGAGACGUCUCCCUACUUCAGUAGUCAGGGGAAGACUAGCUGUGGAGCUAGCAACACUGAUGGUGGUAGUGGUAGUGACUCCGACUUUGUCCCACCGAAGAGAAAGGCAAAGAGGCUGUGUUUGGAAGCAGUAGUGAGGGGAGUGAGGGUGAGAGUUGGGAGAGGGAGAAAAGAGAGAAUGGAGAGACAGGGAAGAAGAUAG